CUUUGUGGCAUCUUCAUUCAUUAAUAUUUUUGAUGCAAAAUGGGAAAAAAUUGAUGUAAAAUGGUGAAAACUGAGAGUUGUGCACUGUGUUUUACCAAUAAAUCGAAAUGGUUCCUGGACAUCUAUUGCGAAGAGAAUCAGUCGAUGGACAUUUCGGCUAUUAUUUCAAAACAUUUAUGGUUUGAGUUAAAACCUUCCGGUCAGUGCUAUGUUUGUGCAGAUUGCUGGAAAAAUGUUUAUGAUUUUCAUUUGUUUUAUUGUAAGUUGGAGAAACUACAUUUGGAAACAAAUGAACCCGAUUCCCGUACUGUGCAAAUAGAUGUGCAACCAGAUUUUGAGUUUCAUCCCAUUGAUGAGGUAAAAGUCGAGCCCCCAGACGAAGAUGAUCAAAACCGAAAUGUUGAAGCGGUCGCCGGAAGCGCCACCGCAGAUUUGGAUAAUAAACAAACGGCAGAAACAUCUUCCGAAGCUGCCCGUCCGAAAAGAAACACAUUAACUCCCGUAUUGGCAUAUAAAGCUGAAAAUACUGAUUCCGAUCAAGAUGAUGUGGACGCAGACUGCUUUGCCGAUGAUUUCGACGAUGACAAUGAUAUGGAUUAUAAAACGGAGAUAAAAGAAGGAAAAGUAAAAACAGUGGAAAUUCCAAAAAUCAAAAAACGCCGUGGAAGGCCCCCAAAAUCUGCUGCAGUGAAAAAAGAAGAGGACUUAGAUACUUCAAAUGAAACCGAGCAGGGUGAGAGUUCAAAAGACACCUCGAUGCGUCAAAAGGUGAAGAAACGCAGAAAACUGAAGAAGAGAAUAAGUCGAACUAAAUAUGAUUCGGAUACUGGGUCAAACGAUGGCGAACGUACUAGAUUGGGCAGCAAGCGAGCUCGAGAUGAACGCCUGUUUAAAUACAUCGACGAGUUUGUAUGCCACCUGUGUCCAGAACGCGUCGAGUUUGAUCGGUUCCAUCACGCGAAUCUGCAUUAUCGAGAAUUUCAUCAAGAACCGGCGUAUUUAAAAUGCACAAAAUGCGAUAGAAAAUGCUUCACCCCUGGUGGAUUUAUCAAUCAUAUGGAGACUCAUGAUGACCCCGAUAAAAACAAAUGUAAAAUUUGUGGUAAGGUCACCGAUCAGAAAAUUACAUUAAAAAAACAUAUGCGAGCACAUCGGCUUCAAAUGGAAGAAUCCUUGCCAUUCCCUUGUGCAAUAUGUCCUCGACGGUUCGAAUUAGAACGUGCUCGCGAUAAACACGAGCGGCUACAUGGAAGAAAAAUUGUUAUAAAACGAGAAAAAGGUCGCGACGAUGAAUUGAUUGCGUUUUACAAGAAAAUCUCUUGUGAAAUUUGCGACGAGGAAAAGAACGAUGGCGUAACAUACGAAAACUUCUGGGAUUUAAAACUUCACAUGGCGGGUGAGCACAACAAGACUCCGUACCUUAAAUGUCCAAUAUGUUUUAAAAAGAAUGUCUGCCGACAACAACUGAUGAUACACGUAGAUGUGCAUGAGAAUCCUGAACGGUACAGAUGCGAUAUAUGUGGCGAAGUAUUCCAAUUUCUCGAAAAACAUAAAUUUAAAGCUCACGGUCAAACAGAGCCCCAGGAAAAGAACUACAGUUGCGAACACUGUGGCAAAAUGUUCCGUUGUGUUCUAAACCUUAGGAAUCACAUUGAUCGCGUGCAUGCUAUCAAAGACGUUACUUGCGACAUUUGUAACAAACCUUUCAGUAAAAAAGCAAUUAGUGCUCAUAAACGUUCCGCUCAUACAGACGAAAUGUUUAUGUGUGAGCAAUGUCCGAAAAUGUUCAAAACUCGCAGUGGUCUAGAAUCUCAUAAAAGCGAGCAUGACGUUGAAUUGCGCAAACCAGUGAAAUGUGAAAUUUGUGGCAAAGAAAUGCGCCGUGGUGCAAGUUUAACAAAACACAUGAAAGUGAUCCACUCGAAGGAGGCCCCCGUCAACUGUAACAUGUGCGGCAAAGAAUUCCGUACCAAGUUUCACAUGGUACGCCAUCGUACUAACACUUGCUCGGCAACCAUCAAUUCGAGACCGUUCAAGUGUGAAGUUUGCGGAAAAGGUUUUUCGAUGCGAUUGACGAUGACCGAGCACAUGACGACGCACACCAGAACGAGCCUGUAUCAGUGUGCGUUUUGUUUCAAAACCUUUGGCUACAUUUCUAAUCUUUAUAAGCACCGCAAAAAGGCACAUCCGGAAGAGUGGCAAGAAGUUCAGUCUCGACCUGAUCAAGGUAUUGCGACUGUUAUUGAAAUAUAUCUCGUGCAAUGCCACAAUGCCGAACACGCAAAGGCGAGAAGGUACGGAGAAUCCAUGGCGGCAAACUAUGGAGCGACCAACGAGCUGGGGAUGGGUUUCGCAAUACUGGUCCGAAUGCAGGAUCUCGUGAUGGACUGGAAGGCGAUUAGCGAGAGGAUGACUAUGUUGAGGAUUAAAGAUCGUUUCAUCAACUACCGUAUCAUAAACGUGCACUGUCCACACGAAGGUAGCCCCGACAACGAAAAGAAGGCUUUCUAUACGCAGCUGGAGCCAACGUACCGCAGAUGUUCGCCACGAGAUAUCAAGAUCGUCAUCGGUCGGGGGCGUCAUAUGAACGCCCACUUCGGCAGGAAAGCAAUAACGCUUAGUAUGCACCAGCAGCGAUUUGCGCAGCGUAAUAACACGACGCUUGGCACCGAUGCAGCAACCCUUGAUCAUGAGGAAAUCAUUGUUGAUCUCACCGUAGAAUGGGAAGCCACCCAUCGGAUUCUGAACCAUCCGAACAAUUCACGGUCAGCCACGGACAAACGUAAGGCAAAUCUACGAGUUCUAACAACGAAAAUGGAAGUGCAAAUAUGUGAAAUAUGUAUGACUGAUAGUGCUAUUAUAUAUCUCGAUAUUUUUGGUGAAGUUAACUGCAAAAAAAAUAUAUCCAUCAUCAUUUCCAAACAUCUUUGGUUUGAGUUUCAGCCUGGAAAUAAACAGCAAUUAAUAUGUAAUGAAUGCUGGAGCUCUUUAAAUGAGUUUAAUAAUUUCUACGAAAGCAUUGCAACAGUGCACCACCGUUUGGGAGAACAUGGUUUAAAAGAGGAGGAUAUAGAUGACCCUUUUAGCGAUAGUGUUCUAUGUGCAAACUAUGAUAAUGAGUUUGAUCGAAAAGCUGAUACUGAUAAUUCUGUACAUUUUAAAGAAAAACCGGUUGAAUCUAUACCAAACGUAGUUAACAUUGAUGCUCUCUUUAGCAGAGAAGAUGGUAAAGAUCAGAAUGAGCGAGAUUCGCAAAGCGAAAAUGUAAUUGCCAGAAAGGCGGUACAGCAUACGAAAGCAACAAUAGAUCCAGUCAAAAAUCAAUUGGAAUCGAAGGCAAGUUAUCCAAGCAGACCUAGGAGAUUUAAUGCCAAAACAAUUUAUAAAGCAGAAUCAUCUUCCGAGGAAACGAGCAAUGACCACUCAGACCAGUAUGAAUCGGAUUACGAUCAAACUGUAAAAGAAGAUGCACCAAGGAAGCGAAGUCGUUUGGAAAAAGGUGACACAGAUUUAGCAAAGAGUGAUUCUAAUGAUAGUGAUAGCGAAGCAAUUACAAAACCUACAAGGGCAAAACGAAAAAAGGACCCAAAGUUAUUCGAACAUGUGGACGAAUUUAUUUGCUAUCUUUGUCCGGAGAGAAUCGAAUUUGAUCGAUUCUAUCAUGCCACGCUUCAUUACAGAGAGAUUCAUAAAGAGCCAGCUUAUAUAAAAUGUAGAAUAUGUGACAAGCGUUGCUAUUCGCCGGGAAGCCUAAUAAGUCACAUGGAAGUUCACAAAAAUCCAGAUGUAUAUAAGUGUCAAAUUUGCGGAAAACCUAAUGAUGAGCAGGUGUCGCUAUCGAAACAUAUGCGGCUUCAUCGACCAGAGCUAGUUGAAAAACUGCCGUUUGAAUGCGGUCGUUGUCUUCGCCGUUUUCCGUCAGAAAAAAGACGAGACAGGCACGAGAAGGAUCAUGAUCGAAAGCGGAGUGAAAAGCCCGUGAAAAUUGUAGGUCGGGAUGAAGAGCUGCUGGAGUUUUAUCGUCGAAUUAUUUGUGAUAUAUGCGACCAACAACGGACGGUAAACGAUAUUCGACAUGAAGUGGAAUAUGAAAAUUUGCAGGAUUUGAAAAAACAUAUGCGGGAACAGCAUGACGACAAAGGCUAUUUAAAAUGUCACAUGUGCGAUAAAAAGUGUUACAUUCGAUCAAUGUUGUUAAUCCACAAGGAUUUCCAUUUGAACCAAGAUAAAUUCAGAUGUGAAACAUGCGGUAAUGUCUAUCAAAAUUUGGAGAAACACAAAGAAACUGCACAUGCAACACCCGGCGAAGUUUCUUUUUGCUGUGAGCAUUGCGGUAAAGCGUUGACCAAUGAGAAGAGUCUGAAAUCUCAUGUCGAAAGAAAGCAUGCUAUCAAGGAUACAAUUUGCGACAUUUGUCACAAACCUUUUCAUAAAAGUAUGCUUGAAAGCCACAAGCGUGUCGUUCAUGAGAUGGCAUCUUACAUGUGUACUAAGUGUCCACGUAUGUUUCGCAGCAAAUUUUCGUUAAAUCGGCAUUUGGAUGAACAUGAGGAUAAAGUUAGAGAGCGAGUCAAGUGUACUAUCUGUGGUAUGACAUUCAAGCAUAAGUAUAUAUUGCGAAAACAUAUUGGUUCUGUGCAUACCACAGAAGCACCCGUAUCGUGUGAUGUUUGCGGGAAACAAUUUAAAUCUAAGCAUCAUUUGUGGUCCCAUAAAUCGGACACGUGUAACAAUCGCAGGUUUGAUUGUACAAUAUGCGGACGAGUUUUCAAGGUUAAAGUUCGAUUGAAUGAGCAUAUGACUACGCAUACAGGUAAGAGUCUGUACCAGUGCACAUUUUGCCCGCUUACUUUUAGCUUCCAGUCGAUUCUCUACACACAUCGAAAGAAAGCACAUUAUGAGCAGUGGCUCGAGUUGCAGGCAAAACGGGAAGAAGGUGUAAAGUUUAAGGUUCUUGAAGCGCCUGCAUGACUGAUAUAUUGAAUAAAUUUUCACA